UUUUUGUCCAUGUGCUUCUGAUAAUAUAUACAAUUGUGUUUCCUAUUUUUAGGUCUCCAUAUUGUGUAAUUUUGAUUUCUAAAUAUUAAAUAUUGGCAACCUUUUAAAAUAGCUUCUCUAAGUAUAUUUAAUACCUGUAAAAAUCUGCCCCUUAUCACUGCCGAGUGAGAAAGUUUAAUUUAUUCUAUGAUUUCUCAAAACAGGAAACACCUAGGAAGAUGUCCCAUAAUAGGUGUUUUUUGGGAGUGGUGAUAUCAAACUAGGUGCACUAAAGUUAUACGGUUAAAAUUACUUUGUAUAGAAACUUCAAAUUCAUUUGAAAGGUUAUUGGAAAAACAAUACAACUACAGAAAAUAAUCUCAAGAAAGCAGCUCUAUAUAAAAAAUUUUAGAGAAAUACAAAGAAGUUGACUGAAAUUCCUAGUAAAAGGAGGACUGUAAUUUUUUAGUUGGCUCCACUUACAUCCCUACUUGAGGAACAGUAGGUGGAGCUAUUUGAGGUACAAAAACCAAAGAUCCUUCCUGGAGUUGAAGAUUGUGCAGUAAUUGGUUAGGACUCUGAGCACCACUGUUCACCAAUCAGGGAGAGAAAAACAGAGAUCAUGCUUGCCUCCUGCUUGCCCUGCAGGCACCUGUAGCACAAAGCCCAGAUAGAAACUAAUCAUCUCCGGAACUAUGAAGAAAAUGUUGGAUUCUGUAGAUGGGAAAAACUGGUCCUGACUUGGGUGGUCUAGGGACAAAUUGGAACUAAUAACCUCCAGGAAAGUGAUAAUGAUUUCUGAGCGGCAGCAUCAGGACUGAAAAGGGCUUGUCCUGCUGGGAGUUCUCCUGGGGAAUCUAUGGGAAACUGGGUGUGCCCAAAUUCACUAUUCACUUCCUGAAGAGCUGGAGAAAGGCUCUAGGAUGGGAAACAUCGCCAAGGACCUGGGGUUGGAGCCCCAGAAACUAGAGGAGCAUGGAGUCGGUAUAGCCUCCAGAGGUACGACUCAACUUUUCACUCCAAACCUUCAAAGCGGCAGCCUUAUCUUUGCAGGCAGGGUAGACUGGGAAGAACUCUGCAUGGGGCUCUUAAAGUGUCAAUUAAAUCUGGAGGUUUUGCUGGAGGAUAAAGUAAAAAUAUACGGGGUUGUGGUAGAAGUGAGAGACAUUAACAGUAAUGUCCCCUAUUUCCGGGAAGAUGAAUUAGAAAUAAAACUGAGUGAAAACGCAGCCACUGGGUUGUGGUUCUCUCUUUCCCACGCUUGGGAUCUGGAUAUCGGGAAGAACUGUCUCCAGAGCUACGGACUCAGUAGUAAUACUGACAUCUUUCUGGACGUGCAAAGUGGAGCAGAUAGUAACACGUACCCAGAAUUGGUUUUGGAGCACGCCUUGGACCAGGAGCAGAAGGCUAUUCAUUACCUUGUUUUCAUCGCCUCUGGUGGGGGUGACCCAAUCCGCACAGGCACUGUGCGCAUCCGUGUGAUGGUAGUUGAUGUGAAUGACAACGUACCAGUAUUUGCACAGUCUGAACCACAUGAGUGUUCCAGAGAAUGUGUCACUGGCACUAAGCUGCUUUGUGUAAGCACCACGAUGGAGGACCAUGAUGAAGGAGCCAAUGCUGAUGACCCUGAUGAAGGAGCCAAUGCUGAAGUGAUGUAUUCCUUCUGUUAUGUGGACAAGAAGGCAGCACAAGUUUUCAAACUAGAUGCUAAUUUAGGGACGAUUUCAACAAUAGGGGAGCUGAACCACAAGGAAUUGGGAUUCAGUGAGAUGGAAGUGCAAGCUGUGGAUAAUGCAGGAUAUUCUGCACAAGCCGGAGUCUUGAUCACAGUACUGGAUGUGAAUGAUAACGCCCCUGAAGUAGUUGUCACCUCUCUCUCCAGCUCUAUUUUGGAAAACUCUCCCAGAGGGACACUAAUUGCCUUUUUAAAUGUAAAUGAUGAAGACUCUGGGGGAAAUGGACAAGUGAUCUGUUUCGUCUGAGAGAAUCUGCCAUUUAAAUUAGAAAAGUCUUAGGGCGCCUGGUCUUAUGGAAAUUACUACAGUUUAGUGACAGACACACUCCUAGAUCCAGAACAGGUUCCUAGCUACAUCAUCACCAUGACCGCCAGUGACAGAGGAAGUCUGUCCCUGUCCACAGAAACUCACAUCUCACUGAAAGUAGCAGACACCAAUGACAACCCGCCUGCCUUCUCUGAUGCUUUCUACACUGCCUAUAUCAUGAAGAACAACCCUAGAGGAGCCUGCAUAGUGUCUGUGACUAUCUAUGACUCCGACUAUGGAAAGAACGCCCAGGUCACUACUCACUCACUGGUGGAGAACGCCCUUCUCGGAACACCCAUAUCCUCUUACAUCUCCAUCAACUCUGACACUGACAUUCUAUAUGCCCUGUGUUCCUUCGACUAUGAACGAUUCCAAGACUUGUGUCUACAAGUGAUGGCUCAUGACAGCAGUGACCCUCCGCUCAGCAGCAACGUAUCUCUGAGCCUAUUGGUGCUGGACCAAAACGACAACGUGACAGAGAUUCUGUACCCCACCCUCCCCACCGAUGGCUCAACAGAUGUGGAGCUGGCACCCCGCGCUGCAGAGCCCGGGUACCUGGUCACCAAGGUGGUGGCGGUGGACAGAGACUCUGGCCAGAACGCCUGGCUGUCCUACCGCCUGCUCAAGGCCAGCGAGCCAGGGCUCUUCGCGGUGGGGCUGCACACAGGCGAGGUGCGCACAGCGCGGGCCCUGCUGGACAGAGACGCGCUCAAGCAGAGCCUGGUGGUGGCGGUGCAGGAUCACGGGCAGCCCCCUCUGUCGGCCACCAUCACGCUCACCGUGCUCACCGUAGCCGUGGCCGACAGCAUCCCCGACGUCCUGGCGGACCUGGGCAGCAUCGGGACCCCCGCCGACCCAGACGAUGCGGACCUCACGCUCUAUCUGGUGGUGGCGGUGGCGGCCGUCUCCUGCGUCUUCCUCGCCUUCGUCAUCGUGCUGCUGGCGCUCAGGCUGAGGCGCUGGCACGCGUCGCGCGUGCUCCAGGCUUCAGGAGGCGGGCUGGUGGGCGUGCCGGCCUCGCACUUCGUGGGCGUGGACGGGGUGCGGGCUUUCCUGCAGACCUAUUCUCACGAGGUGUCCCUCACCGCGGACUCGCGCAAGAGUCACCUGAUCUUCCCCCAGCCCAACUAUGCGGGCACGCUCAUCAGCCAGGAGAGCUAUGGGAAAAGCGAGCCUCUUUUGCUGUCAGGUAGUUCAGAGUUUUCUAAAGACAGUAAUGCAUUAAUUCAGGUGAGUACCUAUCAAAUAUUCUGUAGGUUCUGAACAAAAUAUCUCUUAGUGUGGGUAGUGUGUAUUUCGAAUUUAGAAAGUAGACACCAAAAAAUUUAUAUAUGCGUGGUGGAUACCAAGGACAACUUGGAGGCGUUCUCUGAGGCCUUCCUUCACGCCUUCUCUUAUGCCUUAUUUAUAACAGUGUUCAUGUAUUAUUUAUCUAUAUAUGUAUAAAUUUAUAACCACCUUGGUACAUUUUAAAUACUCAAACUUUUUCUAAUUUAAUUAACCAGCUAUACCUUCUUUUAACUGGUCUUUUUAUUUACCUUUGGACGUGUAGCACUUUUAUGUUGAACAUCUGAUGCCAAUUUAUCCGUUAAAAACCCAAAUUCUUGUAGAGGGAGUCAUUCUAAUUUGUGAAAAGUAUAAAUGCAAUUUGAAAUAAACUUUUAUGAGUAGAGGGGUUUCUUUUCUUUUUUUUUAAGAUUUUAUUUAUUUAUUUGACAGAUAGAGCUCACAAGUAGGCAG